AUGAGCGACCAUACUGCUGCUCGCCAGGCGAUCCAAACGGAAAUUGCGCCUACUCUGGACAGCAAUCUCACGUUGUUCCAAGAUGAUUGCGGAGCUUACCAGGACGACCGUCGCUCCGCUGACUGCUGUAGAUCACUGGGAGAACCUGGCGUGAACGAGACAGUUUAUUGCGCUGCGCCUCACAACCCGAAGCCUCCACAGCUAUGCACUGAUCCCACGCUGCUCGCAAAGUGUUGCACUUCUGGCGAGACUCCCAGCAGCUCCACGUGCACAUCGGUCGACAACCCAGCUGUAGCCAAUUUCACAGAUUUCAGGAACAGAUGUGAAGCUGGAAAGACGACGUACUGUUGCGGCUUCAGCGAAACCUUUUCCGAACUGCGAAACUGCGUCAACCCCGAUCCAGCUGUCCCUCCACUCUGCGUUGCAGGUGAACCAACUUGCUGCGAUCCCAAUGCGUCGCUCAACGAUGAUACCGAGAGCCGAUGCUAUCCGCUGUCCAACGUCUAUGACCUCAACAAAUGGCAGGCCGAUUGCAAGUACGACCCGAGCAACGAGGAGGCUGCAAAUUAUACCGCUGGGAACUGUUGUGACGAGAAUGAUAGUGACGGAUACACGUGCUACAACACGGCCUUCGUCUUGCCUGGUGCUCCGGACCCAGACCCUCCUGUCGAGCCUCCGGUUCCCCAGACACCGGUUUGCCCAACCGGUCGCACGCAGUUUUGCUGUCCAAUUGUGCUCGGUGCAGUGGGAACUUUGUGUAAACAGCUGAACCCCCUACAAACUAACGCAGACGCUUUCGCUACCGCUUGCGACAAGUCGCCCGGCUUGAUCGGGUCCAAGGCCAGGUGCUGCACAACGACAACGGCUCUACUUGGUGGACUUCUUGCUGUAGACUGUGAGGCAGUGAAGAAGUAG